CCCCCGCAUCUGGCUCCCAAGAACAAAGAGACUUUCGCUUCACAGUAACAUCGUAAAAACCUUGUCAAUUACUAGCUGCUUAUCAAUUCAAAACCUUUUCAUCUUAUCUUGAUUAGUUACAGUCAUGGGCGACGCCUCAGUCUUCAAAUAUCCCUCUCCCUUAACCGGAUAUGAGAACGCCCCACCAUUGCCAGACGAGAAGGCGGCGGAUGGGAAGAGCUAUGUAAACCCUCCGGCUGAAAAGCUUAGUGAAGCAUACGACAGGUUCAUCGAACCUUUGGACAAUGGCCGACAAGGUGGCUUUGACAUUCACAUCUACUACCUCCAAACAAACGAAACGCAGACCAAGUACGCCAGGGAACUAUGGGAACGCAUCCGAAGAGAAUUUCCCGAACUCCGAAUCUAUAAAUUCUGGGAGGGGCCGAUUGGACCUCAUCCAAUUGCCAUGUUUGAAGUCAACGUCUUCACACCCGCUCAGUUUGGGGCAUUCGUCGCGUGGCUUGCUAUCUGGAGGGGCCCUCUGUCGGCGCUCGUGCAUCCUAAUGUUAUUCCUGAUAAGGGCGUGAAUCGCUGGGCCUCGAUGAAGAGGGAUCAUUUGGAGAGGGCGAUCUGGAUGGGUGAAAGACUUCCAUUGGAUCUCAGUCUUUUCAACAGGGAGGAUUAGAUGCAUCACAUUUGUUACAAAUGAUUUAAGUUUAAUAGAAAACCUCAAGUUUAGAGUUGUCUUGAACGGAAUCAAUUCUGUGAAUUAUUAUGUCAACUG